AUGUCUCAAGGUCCUCAAGUUGAUUUGUUAAAUUUGGAGAAUACAACAAGAGAGAUUAUGUAAAUGCCGCUAACAAAUAAAUUUUUUAAGAAAUUCGAAACUGAGUUUGUAGCAGAACCUUGGGAUGCCCCUAUUAGUCCUGUAAAAAAAAGCAAUUAAAAAACCAAAUUGAUAACAUUUAAAUAUCCAAUAUCUCGUAUUCAAGCUAGAUAAGUAACUACAGAAACACCAAUUACACCUUAAAAACCUAAUAGUUGUUAGCAAAAGAAUUUCUUUGUAGAUCUAGGAAUACCUGCUCAUAAUUCUAGUCAUCCUAAAAUUGUGUAAAGGAUUAUUAUAACGACACCGCAUAAAUCUUCUAGAAAAAACUCAACUAGUCAAUAUCGAUAAAAAUGUAUAUAGAGUAUGUUGNAUUUUUCUUUUGAAUGA